CUCCAUAACUACAUGCUGUGGCGGGUGGUGGCUGCGCUCAGUGAGCAUCUCUCCACGGCGUUCCGGAGCAGCAUCCAUGAGUUUUCCCGGGAGAUCGACGGCACGGAGCGUCAGACGGAGCUGGGCCGCCUCUGCCUCUCGCAGGCCAACAAACACUUUGGCAUGGUGCUGGGAGCGCUCUUCGUUCAGGAACACUUCCCCACACACAGCAAGGCAAAGGUCCAGGAGCUGGUAGAGGAUAUCAAACAUGCUCUGGAUGUAAGACUACAGGAGCUGGACUGGAUGGAUGAACCAACCAGAGAAGCUGCCAGAGCCAAGUUGCAGGGCAUGAUGGUGAUGACUGGGUAUCCAGACUAUCUGCUUAAGCCAGAGCUAAUCGAUCGAGAGUAUGAGUUUGAAGUAAAUGAGAAGACCUACUUCAGGAACAUUCUGAACAGCGUCAAAUACAAUAUAGAUCUCUCCAUCAAGAAAAUACACAAGGAGGUGGACAAGACUACGUGGCUCCUUCCACCCCAAGCACUGAAUGCAUAUUAUCUUCCAAACAAGAACCAGAUGGUCUUUCCUGCAGGCAUACUCCAGCCUACUCUCUAUGACCCCGAAUUUCCACAGUCCCUGAACUACGGGGGAAUUGGGGCCAUCAUAGGACAUGAACUCACACACGGAUACGAUGACUGGGGAGGGCAGUAUGAUCUCUAUGGCAACCUCAAGCAGUGGUGGACGGAGGCGUCGUACAGAAAGUUCCAGAAAAAGGCAGAAUGCAUCAUCAGUCUCUAUGACAACUUCACCGUCUACAACCAAAGAGUCAAUGGGCGUCUGACUCUGGGGGAGAACAUUGCUGAUCUGGGAGGACUGAAGCUCUCAUACUACGCGUAUCAGAAGUGGGUGAGAGAUCACGGUCCAGAGAGACCCCUGCCUGGUCUCAAGUACACACACGAACAAUUACUCUUCAUAGCCUUUGCUCAGAACUGGUGCAUGAAGAGGCGGUCCCAGUCCAUAUACCUCCAGCUACUGACAGACAAACAUGCUCCUGAACACUGCAGGGUGAUCGGCAGUGUGUCUCAGUUUGAGGAGUUCGGCCGUGUGUUCCACUGUCCCCGUGGCACUCCCAUGAACCCCCAAAACAAGUGCUCUGUCUGGUGACCCCUGACCCCGUGACCUCCUGACCUCUGAACCUUCAUCCCUACCUGUGCGCCACUCACUCCGUCACCAUGGAUACAAUCAUCAGGGCAGCAAGAAGAAACACCAAUUGACCAACACACACACACACACACACACACACACA